AUGGACACUGGGAUACUGGCCGAAGGAGUGCGUCCGUCGCCGACCUCGAGUCCCCCUUCGACCAAAGUCGUCGCCGGAUGUCCACAGCUCUUCGGCUCCCGCUCGACUGACCCCUUCCACUGUCCCACGCGCGCAAGACAGGUCUGCCAUCCUCCAGUCUGCCUAGUCCCACCGCCAACCAUGGAGACCUCCAGAGAAAACAGGCCAUGGCUGGUGCAGAAGUACGGUGGCACUAGCCUUGGAAAACUCCUCGAGUCGAUCUGCAGCAAAAUCGUCCCAUCCUACCUGCGAGACUACAACCUGGUUGUCGUCUGCUCGGCCCUCUCCGGUUCCACCAAGUCGAGCGGAACCACAAGCCUGUUGCUUGAAUGCGUAUCACACGCUGAGGCCGGACUCUCUGCGCAGACGCUGCUCAACAAGAACAUUGAUGCCAUUCGGGAUAGUCAUGUCCGGCUUCUCGAGAAGCAUCUCGUCAACUCCAAUGGCACAAGAAGUGACUUGUGUAACGACAUCUUCGACUCUACAAAGACCCUCAUUGUAAAGGAGUGCGAGAGCCUUCGAGGCUUCCUUUUGGCAGCACAGAUCAUCGGGGAGCUAUCUCCAAGGGCACGGGACCGUGUCAUCGCUCUCGGAGAGAAGCUUGCGUGCAGAGUUGUAGCUGCGUUUCUCUGUAGCAGAAAUAUCCCGGCCGAACCUAUCAUCCUAGAAGACAUAGUUGAGGCAGUGUUCGGUGCUAGUGUGUUCGACCAGAAGACGGCACUGGACAACCUCGGCCCUCGGUUCUAUCACCUCAUUGCAGACGAGAUCACCAAGAGGAUACAUGACUGCGGCGACCAUGUUCCCAUCGUCACCGGCUUCUUUGGCAUCAUGCCAGACUCGCUGCUCAAGAACGUCGGCCGGGGAUACUCGGACCUUUGUGCGGCUAUGUGUGCGGUGGGAACCAAAGCGGCGGAACUUCAGAUCUGGAAAGAGGUUGAUGGGAUCUUCACUGCGGAUCCGAGAAAGGUCCCGUCAGCAAGACUAUUGUCCACAGUCACGUCGGAGGAAGCUACAGAGUUGACGUACUACGGGAGCGAAGUUAUACAUCCCUUGACAAUGGAUCAAAUACGUUGCGCCAACAUUCCCUUGAGACUGAAGAAUGUCUUCAACCCAACGGCAUCCGGCACGAUCAUCUACCCCUCUCGAACCCCCUCCCCGCCCCUUACUCCUCCAACACCAACAGACGAAAAGGUCGAUAUCAAGGUCCCUUUGCCCUCCAUUGACUACAUGUUGGGGAAUGGUUAUCACGGCGAUCGGCAAGAGAGAAGGCGACCUACCGCCGUCACAGUUAAAGACGAUAUCCUCUUGGUCAAUGUGGUUUGCAAUAGAAACACCAAGUCUCAAGGGUUCCUGUCCGGCGUUUUUGAUCGCCUCGAGGAUGCGGGAAUCAAGACAGAUCUCGUCACUACUAGCGAGCGCAGCGUUAGUCUCGCGUUUCAGCAUUCCGAAGAGGGCUCUUGUCAACAUCAGAGGCUGAGAGUUGAGCUGGAAAAGUUUGGAAAGGUGAUUAUCACAGAAAACAUGUCCAUCGUCACUAUCGUUGGGCACAAAAUGAGGAACAUGGUCGGCAUAUCAGCAGAGAUCAUGUCCGCCCUAGCAUCCGCCAAGAUCAACAUCUUCAUGGUCAGCCAAGGAGCAAGCGAGAUCAACAUAUCUCUCGUCGUCCGCGCAGAAGACGCAGUCCUCGCCAUGAACGUCAUCCACAGCAAAGUCCUCCGUAUCCCAACGCACUGGGAACAGGAGACAAACUUCAUCAAAGGUGCGGAAACCCAGAAGCAGCAGAAGCAGCAGAGGGCCCGGCAGGCUGAAAACGUCGUCGUCGGGUCCUGUUACCGACCACCGCCGCUUACACACCCCUCUUCCAGGUCCGUGGCUCUACUGACGAGGACGAAUGCGGCGGCGGUGGUGACGACGGCGGGGCGUGAUAGCCGUAGGUCGAGUGUUUAUCGUGUCGCUGUUGGGCCUGCUGAGGCGGCUGCGUAUCGGUAUAUUGUGAAGAGGUGGUUGAAGAAGAGGAGGCAUGUUUGA